GUGAUAUUUUUGAAAAAAACAUACUACAGUUGUAGUAGUAGUAAUAAUAGUGUGUAAAUAUAUAAUCAUUUUUAGGAGACUUGAAUUUUAUUCUGAAUAUUCUGAAUAAUAUAAGCAAAUUAUAUCGAUUUUUCGGGCUUACAAGGUCAGUUCAAAGAAGUGUGUGCAUGUCUAUGUUAAGUGCUUGUCAAACACUUUAACACCACUUGAACAAUGUCAUCAAAACCAAUUUUGUUAAAGGAGAAACCAUUUGUCGACAUGGAAGAAAUCAAUAUACAAAUUGAACCAUGUAAAACUUAUUCUCGAACUUAUUUUAGUGACGGAUGUGUUGAAACUACAGGAACUGACGAAACAGAUUUGCUGAGAGGAGAAUCAAAAACUAUUUCAAAUGAAUCUACUAAUGAUUGGCGGUCAUGGUUACUUAAACAAUCAGCAGUAAUUGGUUCUAGUGCAUUGAAUAAAGUCGAUUACCUUGGUGAAUCUUUGGCCAAUUUUUUUGGUAUCACUACGCCAAAAUAUCAAUUUGAAAUAAAUUAUCACAACAACAUAAUGCAAGAAGUGAAUGCAGAAAAAAUCACCAAUGAAGAAAACAUGAAAGGAUGGACUCAACAACCUCAAAAAUGUACUAUAACAACAGAACCAUGUUAAGUUUCAUUCAGUUCCCUUACUUAUUUGUUUUUUAAAAAAAUACUAAUAAUUUAUAUAAUUAUAAAUAAUAAUAUAUCAUUUUCUAUCUAAAAUAAUAUUUUGAAUUUUUUACAUAAAAUGUGGUUUGUAGAAUUUACAUUACUCUAUAAUUAAAUAUAUAAGUAUUUUCUAGAGCAUUCUUAAUUUGCACAGAGAACGAUAUUUAUUAUGUUAAUAUAUCUGUUUAAUGUAAUAAACUCCACUUAAGCUAACUUCUUAUUACAAAUAAAUGAUUGUCAAUUAAACAAUAAGUAUUCAAACCCUUAUUUUCAUUGUGAAAAUCAAAAAAAUAUAUA